AUGAAGGACAUGUGGUUUAUCGUCUGGGACAAAGUGGCUAUGCAACAUAAGCAUGCACUGGAGUGCGUCGAUCAAACGAUUAGAGAUUUGACAGGGGUUGAUCUCCCCUUUGGCGGUAAGGUUGUGCUCUUUGCUGGUGACUUCCAACAAACUCUACCAAUAGUCAGGCGAUCAAACUUAAUGACUCAAACUGCGGCAACGUUGAAGGCGUCAUAUCUAUGGAACCAUGUUGAAAAAUUCGCUCUCACUCUCAACAUCCGCCUUGGAGGUGCUAUGGCGCCACCUGUGUCCCUUUCAUUUUGCCUUAUAGUAUCCGAAGGUAGAGAAAGUCCUAGCAUCGGAUACGUUCCGUAUAUGCCCUUAGAUCUAGUGCUAGAUCUCAAUAAAUCCACCACAUAUGAAAAGCUCACCAGAUCCGCACCACCAGCUCACCAGCUCACCAUCCUCACCAUAGAUACACCGGUUCUUCACCAAUUCCUGCCACGCGACACACUAUCACCAAUGCUACCACCACCACCCAUAUCGACUCUCCCCAAUCCUGAUCCAAACGUGACAGAACCUUUCGACCAUCGCAAACAACUUGACAACUUCGUCAAAGAAUUUGCCCCACAUCAAGGGUACGGCAUCAUCAUCGGUCACUCUGGACGUGAUCCCCAUCUUUACUGCAAAUACGAAUGCCAUCGUGGUGGAAAACCCGCCAAGCGAAAGGGCCAAACUGAUGCUACCGAGUGUGAUCCACCCAAGAAGACCAGAUCAAUCAAGAUCGGAUGCCCCUUCAAGAUGAAAGCUACUUUCCACAGAGAACGACGCACCUGGACUCUCCAUCACGAGAACACAUAUCACAAUCAUGGGCCAAUGGAAAUGGAAAUUCUAGACAUCACACCUAGCAUUGCACCAACCUCUCUUCCAAAGAAUGAACAACCACUUUCUCUAGAAUCGAGUCACGAACCAAAGAAUGUACCUUUAGAGCCUAGUGUUCAAUCAAAACUGCUAUUGAUCAACAAUCGCAUCCUAUCAAUGACAGCCUGCCAACAAGAGGAGAUUGUUCAAUCAAUCCACCAACUACUCGAUGCGGUAUGUAAUGUACCUGAAGAUAAGAUAUCAACCACUAUUAAUGACCCUCAUACAGAAGCUGCUUUACAAAUUCUAGACGAAAUGGAACACUUCCAGGACCUCAUUCAACUUCGAUCUCCUUUGCAUGAUGAAGAUAACGAUAUCAGCAUCACAUAUCACCUUGAAGAAGAAAAAUCACCUACUAGGCCCAACAGAAUCAAUAUUGAUGCUCUCAACAUCACACUUACCAACAAUCAGCCACUUAUGAACGACCAGCCAUCCUUGAAUUCAAUAGACUCUUUUAUAUAUGAAGAUCUCCUUCAGACUACAUCUCUACAACCAGGUGCCCAGACCAAUUGUCAGGAUCUCGAUGUAACAUGUGACAUUGAUGUUAAUGCUGUUGCCAAAGAACACGAAUCUUCAAGCCAUGAAAAUGCGACAAAUAUCAACCAGGAGGCCCAUGUCUCCACCACACUACCUCUACCUACCCCAUCGAUUAACAAUGAACCACAUCCACUCCGCCCUGUUGAAAAGUCAUCGCAUGUUCCUAUCCCAUCCACUAGAUCCACUAUCAAGAACAAUGCAAGUGUAUCACCCUGUUGA